CCUUACCCUCAUCGCGACCGUCAGCGUCAGCGUAGGCUCGCCUUCCUGGACCUUGGAUCAGUUCUUUCUCCCUUUCUUGUGUUAGAACGACAUUAUGCACGUCCUUUGCGUUGCGGAGAAACCGUCAAUUUCGAAAUCCAUCACCCAAAUCCUUUCAGGUGGCCAGUUUUCAACCCGAAGCACCGCUAACAAGUUUGUUAAGAACUAUGAUUUUGAAUACUACUUUACCAAUGAUUACUACACUGUGACCUGCGUAUCGGGCCACUUAACGACUCCCGACUUCUUCGAUACCCACCGCAAAUGGAACUCAUGCGAUCCUUUCGAUUUGUUUGAGGCCCCCGUACAGGCUACUAUCCCAGAAACUUCCAAGAGUAUCGAAAGAAACAUCUUCAACGAAGCCAAGAAUGCCGACAUGCUCAUGAUAUGGACUGACUGCGAUCGAGAGGGCGAGCACAUCGGGUCUGAGAUAGAAAAAGUCUGCAAAAGGGCGAAACGUACCAUUAACGUGAAGAGGGCCAGAUUCAGUGCUAUUAUUGCACAACAAAUCCACAAUGCUGCCCAGCAUCCUGUGAACCUUGACAGGGCUCAGGCCGAUGCGGUGGAAGCCAGAACAAUACUGGACCUCAAAGUAGGAGCUGCCUUUACCCGGAUGCAGACUCUGGCUCUUCAACGGCAAGUUAAAAAAAUCGAGGAUGAAAAGAAUGUAGUAUCCUAUGGGCCAUGUCAGUUCCCCACCUUAGGUUUCGUCGUCGCCAGGUACAAAGACGUUCAAACGUUCAGACCGGAGACCUUCUGGUUCAUAUAUCUCACCCUGUCACAACCAUCAUCUUCUCCUGGAGACGCCAGAGAGACGCGGUUCACCUGGAGAAGAGGUCAUCUAUUCGAGUAUGAUGCAGCUCUCGUCAUUUAUGAGAUGAUGAUCACUUCUGGGUCUCUUGCGCGGGUCGCGAAAGUCACCAAGAAGGAGACUAAGAAAUGGAAGCCGCUGCCUCUGACAACCGUCGAGCUCCAGAAAGCGGGCUCAAGAUUGCUAAAACUGGCACCGAAGAAGAUUCUAGAUAUUGCAGAAAAACUUUAUCAGCAAGGUUAUCUCUCUUACCCUCGAACAGAGACGGAUCAAUUCGAUCCUCAGUUCGACUUCGCGUCACUAAUUGACAAGCAGAAAGACGAUCCUGCCUGGGGGGGUUUUGCUGUGUCUUUGUCAGACGGCGAUUUUUCGCGACCUCGUAACGGAAAGAAUAAUGACAAAGCGCAUCCUCCGAUUCACCCAACGGGACAUGUCUCGAACCUCAUAGGAGACGACAAACGAGUUUACGAGUUUAUCACAAGGCGAUUUUUGGCAUCUUGCUCUAAGGACGCCCUUGGAUGGCAGACAACUGUUGAAAUAGAUUAUGAAGGCGAAGAAUUCUAUGCCACAGGGCUGACUGUCCUGGAGAAGAACUACUUGCUUGUUUUUCCGUAUGACAAAUGGGUAGACAACAACAUUCCUGAUUUUGAGAAAGGGGAAGAAUUUCAACCCUCUGUAUGCGAACUGAGAGACGGACAAACAACUAGACCGAACUUGUUGACUGAAGCUGAUUUGGUCGCUCUUAUGGAUAAAAAUGGCAUUGGAACGGAUGCAACUAUCGCCCAGCACAUUGACACGAUUGUAACCCGCAACUAUGUCAUUGAACGAUACGAAGGAGCGACGAAAUAUCUUCUUCCAUCCACCUUAGGUAUUGGGCUAGUCGAAGGAUACAAUCAAAUGGGUCUAGAGAAGAGUUUAGACAAGCCUAUCUUACGACGAGAGACAGAACGUCGGAUGGUGCAAGUGUGCAAUGGCCAGAAGUCCAAGCAAGAAAUGAUUAAUCAAAGCUUAGAGCAAUACAAGGAGAUGUUCAUGAUCGCCAAAGGGAAUUUUGACAAAGUGGUCACCAGUGUUAGAAAUUACCUAGAGCGCCACGGAGACGCCGAGCAAGGCAGACCUGGUGAUGGGCAAGGUGGUGGUGGUAAUAACGGGGAAGGCUAUCAUGGAAGCGGUACCGCUGGUCGCGGCGGUCGCGCUCCUGAAGGACGAAGCACGGAUCCAGCCUCACGUGCAGCGGUACCGAUCAUCGAUAUUAUUAUUCCCGACGACUCUGAUGACGACUCCCAGCCCCCUCCACGCACAUCGAAGCCACCAUCCGCUCGGCAACCUCCCAAGCGCCCCACCCCACCACCCAAACUUCCCGCAUCACGAAACCAUGACUCUGGACAAAUACAUUGUAAUUGUGGACCAGCUGUCCAGAGAACCGUCGUCAAGGAGUCAGCGAGCAAAGGCAGACUGUUCUGGACAUGCCCGAACAAGCCUGGUUGUGGCUUUUUCAAGUGGGAUGAUGAUGUAACAGAACUCUGUAACAAAGCCAUUCCUGCAAAGCGCCCUUUUUCAUAUCGACAAGAGCCUAGCGCUAAUGACAGCGAAAGUUGCCGCUGUCGGUGUAAUUUGACGGCCGUUAGAAAAACUGUACAGAAGGAGGGCCAGAAUAAGGGCAGGAUGUUCUGGAUAUGUCCGAACUCAGAUGCGGCUCGCUGUAGCUUUUUUGAAUGGGAUGACGAGCCUCCGCGAGCUGAACCAGCACAUGACAGACCACCGGCUGCCUCGGGUAGUGGGGGUAAUAAGCCAGGGACUUGCUUCAAGUGCAAUGAAGAAGGGCAUUGGGCGAAUGGCUGAACAGAGUGCCCAAAUGAAGGUGGUCCAAAUCAGAAGCGAUCUCGAAACUUUGGAUCAGAAAAAGCGAACUUUCCGAGAUCAAACUCAGGCAAGAGUGGUUCGUGCUUCAAGUGUAAUCAAGAAGGACACUGGAGUAGUGAAUGCCCGAAUGAUGGAGCGCCUUCCCGUUCAAGCAGAGGUGGCCGUGGAUCUAGAAGUAGAGGACUGGGCUCACGAGGUGGUAGUACGCGUGGGAAGAGGGGAAGAGGUGCUUCCAAGUCUAAGUCUGGAGGCUAUAGUGCUCCAGAUGAGCUUUAAACCGCAUCCUAUCCUUCAGGAACCCUUAUAUCAUAGACUUUUGUAUCGUAGGUGUAUUAUAUUUUUCAGGUCAC